AAUGAAAAAACCCAUAUUCAGCACUCAAAAGCUGUACAGUUUAACUAUUUGCAUGUUAAAGUAAAGCAUAUUUUGAAAUGAUGUGUUUUUAUUACAGCUUUGGCAGUGUACUACUUUUAUUUGGUUCAACAUUUUCCCAACGAGAUAUAGCAGUUGUCUUACAAAAGUCCACUACCGAAUCGAAAUAUAAUGCCACUUGUGUCAUUGCUGGAGAAGGCAUGAGUUCUGCAGUUUCUUGGAUAACGCGUAUACCGUCCAAAGAAUAUUCAGUUACAAAUAUUGUUUCAGAAUUCAUUCCCAAGCGUGACAGCCAAUAUAACUGUAAUAUAGAUAGGAAGCACUACCGGGGAUGUGUGUAUUAUUGGACCGACAGCAUCGGUUGGGAGUCCCGAAAUUCCCUCAACGGUUUUCUGGGACCAGUAUUAGACCGCCGGUGGGAAAAGUUUACAACUUUACAUACGGACGGCUCCCUCAAGUUCAAAGAACUUGCGACUAUAUCAAAUUACAAGCGAUUUCAAAUUCACAUUUCAAUACGAACGCUAGAAGCUCAUAUUUAUUUGUGCGAUCACUAUUGGCCGCCCUAUGGAAAUUGUUACUGGAUAAUAAUAGGUGGGUGGGGCGGUUAUAUGACAGGUAUUAGGAAAUGCGAAACUGGUAAAAUACCCACAGCUGAAGAUAAAUAUCCGAAGGGCCCAUGUGGUACCCUACGUAGUCAAAAAAAUCACACAAAUGAACGCGUAUUAGACACAUCGAAAUGGUCCCAUUUCACUAUACGACGCACUGAUAAUAACAUCUUAUUUUACAAAGUGGGCGACCAGAAUCCGAUGUUAAAUUACACAGAUGAAGAGACAUCCUCAUUCGAAACUAAAAAAAUUGUGGUUGUUAGCCGUAAGAAAAUUCCGGGUUAUUGGAGGGUGCACGAUUAUGACUAUUCUACCACCAACAAAGUAUUCUCAGAGAAGAUAGUAGGAGAGGAAAUAUCUACCAGAGAAAAAACCUUUUGCGCUUCCUUUUUUGUAGCGAUGUGCUCCAAAUGCAGAUUAACAUUGGAAGUGUUAUACUUUGAUGGCACCGUGGCGGAUUAUUUACCAAUCAACCAAAUAACUAUCUCCAGUAAAGGAGAUCGAUUAUGGCAAGAAGAAAGGAUAACGGCACCGUUACUAGGGAUAUCGGCUAAAGUGCGUUUACGUGCUUCAGGUGCUUGUGAUGAAUGUAAAAAUCCAUUUUGGUCGGUCGACUAUUUCGAGUUAUGCUCUGAAAAUGAAAUUCGUGUUUUAACAGCGGAUUCACUAGAUUUAACUGAAGUAUCGUGUGAAGUAAUCAAAACUUCUCUCCAAGUUAGUUAUACUGGUUUAGAUAAUGAAUCACCACGGGAAUCUACUUGUAGCAACGGUCGUUUUGGAAAAGCUUGCUUUAGUUGUAGUGAGAUAUUCGGACCAAACAAAUUUAACUGUGACAAAAGUACCAUUUGUGAAAUAGAAGAGUCAAGUCAGAACGUGUGCAGAUGUGCCAAAGGAUAUACAGGAUAUGCGUGCGAAGAUCCCUGUCCGCACAACACGUAUGGGUUUAAAUGUCAAGAAACAUGCGGGUACUGCUCAUAUCCACCGUGUAAUAUUGUAACUGGAUAUUGUUCUCUCAGUGCAUGUCUGCAUGGUUUCGGAGAUCCACAAUGCAAACUACCACCUUCUCCGAUAUUACAAUACCCCCCAGUUGUUUUAAUAAUUAAUCACACCUCAAUAGUGGUUCAACUACUGAAUGUAUCAUACGAUGGAAAUGCAGUGCCCAUCUUCUAUAAAAUACAGUAUAAGACCAUAAGUCAAACGGAGUGGAAUAAUUCGGAAAAUAUAGACUUCAGGGACCAACUUCCUUUUCAGAUAAAGCAUUUAGAAGUUCUGACAUCUUAUCUCAUUCGAGCAGUGUUGAUUACAGCAGAUAACAGUUCGUUUGAAGGUGUUAUUGUACCCUACGUAAACGUUACCACCACAUGUGAAUAUAUCCAAAUGGACAGAAUUAGUAUUCAAACUUUUAAUGAAUCUGCUUUAAUCACAUUUGUAAGCGGUGAAGGAAGCUGCCCAGCAAGUUUGUAUCGUCUUGGCAUUGAUAACCAAAUUAUAACUUCGAACAUGCUUGAGUUUGAAAUACUACGCUUAAAACCGUACCGCAACUAUACCGCACGACUCUUUAGCAUAAUUAGUGACGAGUUUCAGCUAAUGCUAGGUUUUCAAACCCAAGAAGGAGCCCCAGAGAGAGUAGAUAAAUUAAACGCGUCGCCCAUAGAUGAAUCGACACUGGAAAUAAGCUGGAACCUACCAUUAGUGCCAAAUGGAAGAAUAAGACAUUAUGAAGUGUCUUACGAGCACAUUAAUUACCUCGGCUGUUAUCCGGAUGCUAAGAUACCAAACAACAGCUCCAGAAGAACGCUACGAGAGUCAAGUAACGUAACUCGGUUACUUAACGUCAUUCCGUAUUCUCAAUACAGAAUCACUGUUGUUCCGUAUACGAUAAUGAGUGGAGAGUCCGCCACUAUAGAUGUUGAUACGCUACCUUCAGCGAUGCCGAAUGAAGCAGAAGUUCCUUCAAUCAAGACCAUCGAAUCGCAAAACACGAGCAUACGUAUUUAUAUGAAUCGACCACAUUGCACAAUGAUAAGAGGCUUGUUGGAUUAUUAUGUAACAUUCCAUUGCCUGAAUAGUUGGUGUCCUACACAAUCGCCUUCAACUUUAAAUCUUACUUCAAUCAGUUCUAAUGAACCAAUAGCUUUAACAGAUUUGCUAUCUUAUUCAAACUACACCGUAAGUAUCGACGUUGGACGCAAAAAUGGAAGAAUGAGUAAAACUACUGGUAUGGUAGCUGUUGUUCGUACCGAACCAUCGGUACCAAACCCUAUAAAAGACAUUGUAAUAUUUUCAAAAGAUGAAUCAUCAAUUUCUUUCCGAUUUCUUCCACCCUAUCCCCCAACGGGAAUAUUGGCGGAGAUUUUUGUUAGUUAUUGCCAUGAAAAGCCAAGUAGGUGGUCCACCACGACCGUAUGCGAGUCAUCUUAUAUUCCACUACAAGAAUGCACAUUGUGGCCUUCUUAUUUAUGCAUUACUCUGAAAAAUUUGAUUGUACGGACUGCGUAUGAGUUAGAGGUACGUGCCAAAAACAUUGGAACGCUUUUUAAUCAACCUACAAGGAUUUUUGCGACCACAGUGCAGGAAGCUCCUGAAGCUCCUCAAAACGUAUCUGCCGCAUGGGAUGAUUAUUACAAUUUAACUCUCUCAUGGAGUCAUCCAAGUAUUACGAAUGGGCCUCUUACCGGAUUUUUUAUUAAAAUUUAUGCUCAUAACGGUAUAUGCUUGGAGCAAUCUAUAGCAAUAACUGAAAGAGAGUACCAACUGUCAUAUCAAUACGUGGUGUUAGUAAACGAUUCGUGUUAUGCGUCGAAAUUGGACAUUUAUGUCCAUUCAUUCAACAUAAUGUUUUCGCCGGGAUUGCACUUAACACAAUCUAGUCCGCCUAAAACUCCAAAUAUUCGGCCAGAACCCGCUAUUUCCGCAAUCGCAAAUGAUACAGUUUCAGUGGAUAUACAAGGGGUAUCAAACCUUGAAGACACAGUGCAAAUGUUCAUAUUCGUGUCAAGCGAUUCCGAUGAAGGGCCAAAUCAGCAGAUAUAUCCAAGUGAACUGUGGAGAAAAGCGAAAAUUCCAAGAGAUCUAACAACUUGGAUGGUGGCCGAUUUAAAUAUCACCACCUUAAAAACGUCUACAAAAAUUUUCGUCAUCGGUGAUGAUAGAAAAUCUACAUCUCUGCACCUACAAAUUGAAAUACACAACAAACCUUUGUUAGCUUCGACAAAUUACGUAUUCACAAUUUUGAUAAUUAGUGCUUUCGAUGGAUUAAAAAGGCACAAUGUUUAUACCUUAAAUGCCACUACAAUUGGAUCAAAAAUGGAGGAAGGGUCGGCAAACUAUGGAUUAUUCGCUUUGUUGCUUUUGCUUUUAGUUCCAGUCAUAUGGAUUGGUAUAUGUUAUUACAGAAAGAAGAAAAGUAUAAAUUGGAAUACUUUGGUUACAAUGGUGCAUACAGGGGGUCGAAAUUCCACAAAUCCAGACGUUAUUCCAUUGACAACUGAGAAGAUAAUCUCCCAACCGCGCACUUUGAGUCCAGUUAGCUCCAUUAAAAGGCCGGAAAUCCCAAGUAAGAGCAAUUCCAAUAAAAUCGACAAUUUCUCGAAGCCUAUUAAAAUUGUGGAAUUUGAGAAAUACGUGAAGGAUUCAAUUGAGAACGGAGAAUUGGAAAAACAACAUCAGUUAUUUCCAAGAGGACAAACAAAGCCGUGGGAUUAUGGCGUGCUGCCACAGAAUAAACCUAAGAACAGGUACAACAAUUUGAUAGCAUAUGACCAUACAAGAGUUAAGUUGCAAAAAUUGGAAGGAGAUGAAUUUUCCGAUUACAUUAACGCUAACUAUAUUGAGGGUUACAAAACAUCAAAUGGGUACAUAGCAACCCAAGGUCCAAAACCGACAACGGUUGUAGAUUUUUGGCGAAUGAUAUGGCAAGAAAAUGUAAACUACAUCGUUAUGCUAGCAAAUGUUAUUGAAGGGGGUAAAAAGAAAACUGAGCAGUACUGGCCAAAUCUGGGAGAAAGCUUGGUGUAUGGAGACGUCCAGAUUGACUAUUUACAUUCGGAAAUUUAUGCGGAUUAUGAGUAUCGUACCUUUGCCGUGCAAUGUAAGAAUGAAGAGAGAACUGUUGAGCAACUGCACUUUGUAUCGUGGCCUGAUCACGGAGUACCGCUAUAUAGUCAAAGUUUAGUACCCUUCCUUCGGAAGUUACUAACAAUACCUCAAGGAAAAGCACCAGUCGUCGUUCAUUGCAGUGCAGGCGUUGGUCGAACAGGCACAAUUAUUCUAUGCGAUCUGUGCCUAAGAAUGGCAGCUAGAGAAGGGGUAGUCGAUGUUUUGAAACAUCAGCAUAAUUUGCGACAGCAGAGAGCCAAUUUAGUUGAUAAUGUUGAACAAUAUAAAUUGGCACAUUUGGUUUUGCUCGAGUGCUUAAUUGCUCCUCAAACGAACUUACCUUGUGAUGAUUCUAUUAGCAAAGCCGUUGAAAAAAUUAUCGAUUCAAAUAGUCUUCAACAUCAUAUGGAGUACCUUCGGGAUACUGAAUGGCAGGAUCACGUGAUGCAAGCAUCGUUACCUGCCGCUCCUCAACCUGAAUGGGCAAAUAAGAACAGAUUCGAAGAAAUAGUUCCUAGUAUACAUGGAAGAGUAUAUUUAACAAGGUACCCGGUAAGUGAUGAGCAUUCGGAUUACAUAAACUCAGUAGAGGUUGAUGGUUUUCGAGCACCUCAACGAUUCAUUGUCACUCAACAACCCCUACCACACACCGUGUCAGACUUUUGGAGAAUGGUAGAUGAAAAGGAAGUAACCACCAUUAUUUCGUUAAACAAGAUUACGAAUGACGAUAUUGAAAGCUGCCUAUUUUGGCCAACACAACAUGUCGAAGAAAUAAAUCCUGUGCCAUAUCUAAAGAUAAAGUACCAGAAUAAAACGAAACAGGAAAGUUUUUCUAUAACUACUCUUCAUUUACGUAACAACAAGAAUAAGAAAAGCAUCAAGCGGGUAAUCAGUUUGAUCUCGUUUAAGAGAUGGGCGGCCAAUGAAAUUGUGCCAACUGAUAUGGACGGACUGCUUAAGCUGUGGGAAGAAACCGAUAGAGUAUCUAGAGGACAGAACAGUCCUACUGUUGUGACCUGCCACAAUGGAUCAACAGCCUGCGGUUUAUUCUUGGCACUCGCAUUUUUAAUUGAAAAAAUCAACUUGGAACAACAAUGCGACGUGUGUUUGGCAGUGAGGACAGUAAGACGUAACCGUAAACAGUUUGUAUCUGAAAAGGAACAAUUCGUAUUUCUAUACAGAGCUGCGUUGCUUUACCUAAGUGGGUUCAGUUUGUAUUCAAACUUCUCGCCGGCUUCCACAUCAAAUAAAUGACGUGACAAUGGUAGUUGAAAUAUUAGGAAUUAGAUAGGUUGGAAAG